CUGAGAAGCUGAGUCAUGUUUAAUGUUGAAGGUUUCAUGCUGGAUAUGAGUGAUGUUUCCGCUAAAGUUUCUAUGAGGAAAGUUAUUAAAUGCUCAUGUUUCUAUUGUAAAAAUGCUCUUUGUUUAUUCCUCCUCCAGUGUGGACCAUGGUGGAGAGAAGAUGUUGAAACCAGGCCUGAGGAAGUAUUCCUGUCAAGUCAAACUGGACCCAAACACAACAAACAGAGAACUCGAACUGUCUGAGGACAACAGGAAGGUGAGAGGGGUGGAAGAGCAGCAGCCAUAUCCUGAUCACCCAGAGAGAUUUGACUACUGUCAACAGGUGAUGUGUGGAACUGGUCUGACUGGGAGGUGUUACUGGGAGGUCGAGUGGGAGGAUCGGGUUAAUAUCGGAGUGACUUACAGAGGAAUCAGCAGAAGAGGAGGCAGUGAUGACUGCAGGCUUGGAGGAAACGACAAAUCCUGGAGUCUAGAGUGCUUUGGUAGAGGUUUCACUGCCCGACACAAAAACAGAUCAACAGCUGUUCGUGUCCCUCCCCCCUCCUCCUCCUCCUCCUCCUCCUCCUCCUCCUCCUCCUCCUCCUCUAACAGAGUAGCAGUGUAUCUGGACUGGCCUGCUGGCUCUCUGUCCUUCUACAGCGUCUCCUCUGACGCUCUGAUCCACCUCCACACCUUCACCUGCACCUUCACUGAACCUCUGUACCCUGUGAUUGGGCUUGGACCUGGGCUUUGGUGCAGGCAGAACAUUCCGAGAUUAAAGAGGAAAGUUUCACUUCCACGUCUACUGGAGACGGCUCCUUCAAUUUCCAUCUCUCUGCCCAUUCCCUCAGUGUCUCUGUGUCAGAUGGAGUAAUGAAUCACUCAAACUGGUGACAUGAUGUACAGGAUCUCUUGUCACACACACACACACACACA